AUGUUUGCUCUUGUUCUUGCACUUGUGUUUGCUCAAAUCAACGCAGAGAAGUCUAACCCCGACUGUUCGACAGCAUCUUGUGUUUCUUGUAACUCUGGAUCGGACAAAUGCGUUGAAUGCAAGACCAAUUAUAUUUUGAGUGAUGGUAUUUGUAUUCAUAAGAGUGAGGCACACUGUGAUCAGGUCUAUCAAGGCAAUUGCGAGCAGUGUGAGACUGGUUAUCAACUUGAUGCAACAACAAAGAGAUGUGUUGAGGGCGAUUAUGCAUGCCAGCAAUACAAUGCCGAUGGCACAUGUUCAUCGUGUUCAUUCAAUUACAAGUUUGUUGACGGCGUUUGUACACAGUGUGCUGAAGUUGCACAUUGUUCUGCAUACGAUGACAAUUGCACGUGCACUGAUUGUUUCCUCAAUUACCACCCAUCUGUUGAUCACCUCUGUGAGACACAGGACAUCUACUGCAUCAACUACAGAUUGGUCGACGAAGCGUAUCAGUGCGAUUCAUGUGUCACUGGCUACUAUUUGGACCAAACUACCAAGACGUGUCACCAAGGCGGUGAUGUGACGUGUGCACAAUACACGUUCUCAGCUGAAGGAGACGCGGAGUGUUCUGCAUGCAUUCCGGGGUAUGUCUUGCUGGGUAAUAAGACGUGUCAAACAACAGAAGACGUCUUUGGGGAACACUGUCUGUUCUCGUCAACAAACAGUGAGUGCUCACAGUGCGAUGAUGGGUAUUAUGCCUCUGAAAUGACUUGCAAAUUGUGUAUUGAGCACUGUAAUGUGUGUGCUUCUGAGGAGUGUACAACGUGUGCUGACGCGUUUGUGUACGACAAUGAAACAAAGAAAUGUGAAACGUGUUCUGAAGGGUGUGACACGUGUACUUCAGAGUCUGGCAUUACCACAUGCACUGUCUGUUUAGCUGCGUACAUUUUACAGACAAAUGGUACUUGUCUUAUGAGUUCCAACCCUGCGUACACAUGCAGUGAUGUUGCUGCAACAGCAGAGGAAUGUUCAGUAUCUGGCCAAAAUUGUGUUUUUGAAAGUGUCUCAGAGAAUAUCACUUUAUGUUUGUAUAAAGGAAGCAAUUGCACGACUUGGGACGACACUGGUGCUUGUUCUAAAUGCUCUGAAAACUACAAAGUGAGUGUUGAGAAUCCACAAGUGUGUGUCCCACACACAUCCAAUUGCAAGACAUACAGCACCAAUCUCGACAAUGUAGUGAAGUGUGUUGAAUGUGCCGAUGGAUACUUCAUGAACGACGACUUCACGUGUUCAAAGUGUGGCGACAUGUGUUCUGAUAAAUGUGAAUACAAGGAGAAUUACUGCCGCGAUUACACGUGUUCUGAUUUCAUGUGUAUGACAUGCAGUGAGAGUGCAACAAAGUGCGACAAGUGCUAUUACAACAAAGUGAGCGACAACAAGUGUGGCCCAAUCGUAUGUGGAGAGCCGCUGGCUGAUGGCAAUUGUGGUGUUUGUGUCAAGUACUCAGAAGAGACUAAAGUGGUGAGUCAAUACACAGACCCAACAACGGUGCCAGUCUCUAUCGAAUAUUACCUGCCUGGUCAAGAUUUGAACUGUUUUGACAAUGAAGAGUCAAGUAGUGCAGUAGACAACAGCAGUGUAGACGUGUCCAGUGGUAUUGAUAAUUCCAGUGUUGAAAGUUCAGACAACAGUCAACAAAAUAGUUCUGAGAAUAGCAUUGAAACCAGUUCAACUACCAGUUUAGAGAGCUCUGAUAACAGCCAAGAAGACAGUUCUGUUUCAAGCCAAGAUGUCAGUUCUGAAAAUAGUCAAGCAAGUUCUGAAAGUAGUCAGGUUGAGAGCUCAGACAAUACUUCAAGCAACAUCCAAGAAAGUUCAGAUAGCCUUGAAAAUAGCUCUGAAAACAGUCAACAAGACAGUUCUGAGAAUAGUAUAGAAACCAGUUCAACUGCUAGUUUAGCAAGUUCUGAUAACAGCCAAGAAGAUAAUUCAACUAACAGUGAACACCAAAGCUCAAAUAAUACAACUUCUGAUGGUGAUAAUGAUUUGACUUGGUUGUGGAUCACUUUGGGUGUCAUUGGAGGACUUUUGGUCAUCAUUGUAAUUGUUGGGGCAGUCAUAGGUGGUGUCUAUUGUAUGAACAAAAGUAAAUCUUCAGAGUAUAAUAUGAUGAAUGAGCACAUUUUUACUUGA